AUGGUGGCCCCGCGGAACACCGCAUAUGCGGAGGAGAGUGCCGAGGUGGAAGUGCUCUAUGCGAAUCUCGAGAAACUCAACCACCUCACCAAGAAGAUCCAGGGCUCCCUAGUGCGUCUCGAAACAAGCGGCAAGGUCGUCAAAGAGGCCAUUGGGCCAAUCUACAGCAACACACAAUCCCUUCAAAUUACCAAUAGCAACAUCGACAAGGUGAACGAUGCCAUUGAUCGGUUGCGUCAACCUCUUGACGCGAAGAGCCGCGAGGAGGGCAUUAUCCGCGCAGGUCCGCAAAGUGCAGGUAUCUCGCAGUACAUUUCAGCGAUGAAACGAGUUGAGAAAGCGCUGGUCGACCUCAACGCGACAAACCUUCGGUCGAAUCAGAAAGCCAUGUCCGACUUCAACGCCCUCCUGAGUACAGGCAGCAACAUGCUGCAAGAUACCUUCAGGGCUGAGCUGGGACAACAUGCGACACCCAUCGAGCCGCUACAUUAUCUCACAAAAGACUUACCCUUUCCAAGCUUGGCCGAAGACACGGUGUCACACCUUACACAACUAUGCUCCGCGAUCAAUUCAGCGGCAAUGAUUGGGCCACAGCGGGGAAAUGGUGACAGUCCUGCUAUAAAGAUUUAUGGAGACGUUCGCGGGCCGUACGUCACCGGUUCCCUUCACAAUUUGUCCCUCGCAUCCCUCAAUACGGUUAAAAGACGACCAACGGACGGGCCUUACAAGCAGGGAACAAAUGGUAUCGGGAUCUAUUCGAAUGCUUUGGAAGCUUUCAUAGUCGCCGAGCAUGGAAUCAUCAUUCAGGUGUUUCCAGCGGACCAACAAGGACUCGUGCUUCAAGCGACGUUCCUCGGGGCAAUGGGAGAGUAUUCCAAGACGCUUCGGGAGUUGAACCAAUACAUCAAGGCGAACUUGAUGACGGACUGCUUUCUGGCCUUUGAAAUCAUUGACAUCGUGACGGCCAUGUCCUACCGAAUUGAUUCUAAGACCGCCGAGCUGAAAGGCCUUUUGAUCGAAGCUUUGCGGCCUGUGCGCGAGACUGCCAAGUUCUCACUGUCAGAACUGCUUGAAGAGAUUAAACGCAAGGCCAGCAAUGCGUCACUUCCCGCUGACGCUGGAUCGGUCCCGCUGGUGGACGAGGUCAUGAGUUCUCUGUCAACUUUGACCGGGUACUCGGGACCGCUUGCAUCCAUUCUGACUUCGCUGGGGGAUGGCAAUUGGCGAACCGAUGCCAAUGCCUCCGGGGCCGCAGUACUAGAUGUUGGGCCCAAUAGCGAUACCCUACUUUCUCAUUUCAUCUUGGACAUGAUUGAGACCCUCAUGAGCUCAUUGGAGCAACGCGGUCGAGCUUUUCACCGAUCCAAGGUCGCACUUGGUGUAUUUCUGUCUAACGUGUUUUGCGUGGUUGAUCGAUCCAUCCGGUCGAACUCUGACCUUGCGCGCUAUCUGGGCGAUUCGGAGUGUAUCGCGCGAAUUGACGCUUUCCGCAAACGAGCGACAUCAACAUAUCUUGACGCCUGGAAAGACACCUCACAAUGCCUUCUGGACGUACAGUACACGUCCCGGACUGGCGCGAGACCCAGUUCAGGCGGAGCCGUUGAUUCCAGUGCUAUUGUGAAAGGUCUAUCUUCGCGCGACAAGGACGCAAUCAAGGAAAAAUUCAAAUCCUUCAAUGCUAAUUUCGAGGACAUGGUAUCUCGCCACAAGAACAUUCACAUGGAACGCGAGGUGCGCUCUGUUCUUAUCAGGGAACUCCAGGGUCUUCUGGAACCACUUUAUUCUCGAUUCUACGAUCGCUAUGUCGAGAUUGACAAGGGCCGAGGGAAGUAUAUCAAGUACGACAAGGCAAGUCUGGCUGUGCAGUUGUCGCAACUGUCAUGA